CGGAAGUGACGGAUCCCACCAAUUUCCGCUUUCUUUUUUCAGGAGGAACGGUUGGCUGCUGGGCUGGGGGGCGCGGUGGAUAUUGACCUUUGCCCCAGCCUCGUCGUGGGGGCACAGCACAUCUCCCCGCAGCCCGCUUCCUCCCCAGAACCUGUUUCCGGUCUGCGAGCUUCCGGCGAGAUGUUACUGUUGCUGUUGCUGCUGCCCCUGUGCUGGGCCGUGGAGGUCAAGAGGCCCCGGGGCGUCUCCCUCACCAACCAUCACUUCUACGACGAGUCCAAGCCUUUCACUUGCCUGGAUGGCUCUGCCACCAUCCUUUUCGAUCAGGUCAAUGAUGACUACUGUGACUGCAAGGAUGGCUCAGAUGAGCCAGGUACAGCCGCCUGUCCUAAUGGCAGCUUCCACUGCAGCAACACUGGCUACAAGCCCCUGUACAUCUCCUCCAGAUGGGUCAACGAUGGAGUUUGUGACUGCUGUGACGGCACCGAUGAGUACAACAGCGGGAUCGUCUGUGAGAACACCUGCAAAGAGAAGGGCCGGAAGGAGAGAGAGACACUGCAACAGAUGGCAGAGGUCACGCGAGAGGGGUUCCGCCUAAAGAAGAUCCUCAUUGAGGACUGGAAGAAGGCUCGGGAGGAGAAGCAGGAAAAGCUCACUGAGCUACAAGCCGGGAAGAAGUCCCUGGAGGACCAGGUGGAGAUGCUGCGAAUGGUGAAGGAGGAGGCCGAGAAGCCCGAGAAGGAGGCCAAAGACCAGCACCAGAAGCGGUGGGAAGAGCAGCAGGCUGCCUCCAAGGCCCAGCGGGAACAGGAGCUGGCAGCCAGUGCUUUCCAGGAGCUGGAUGACGAUAAGGAUGGGGCGGUCUCGGUCACCGAGCUGCAGACCCAUCCGGAGCUGGACACCGAUGGUGAUGGGGUUCUCUCUGAAGGGGAAGCUCAGGCCCUCCUUGGGGGAGACGUGCACGCCGACGCCACUGCCUUCUCUGACCGUCUCUGGGCUGCCAUCAGGGACAAAUACCGGUCUGAGGUGCUACCCACCAGCCCCCCAACUGCACCGUCGGAGCCUGACCUGAAGGAGCCCAAGGAGGAGCAGCCUCCAGUCCCCUCACCACCAAUGGAAGAGGAGGAAGAGGAGGAGGAAGAGGAGCCGGAGGAGGAAGAGGAGGAGGAAGAGGAGGAAGAUUCCCAGGUGCCAAGGGAGCAGCCCAAGGAGGCCCCACCCCCACUGGUGCCCCCGCAGCCUGCGGCCAGCCCCACUGAAGAGGACAAAAUGCCGCCGUAUGAUGAGCAGACGCAGGCCUUCAUUGAUGCCGCCCAGGAGGCCCGCAACAAGUUUGAGGAGGCUGAGCGGUCCUUGAGGGACAUGGAAGAGUCCAUCAGGAACCUGGAGCAGGAGAUUUCCUUUGACUUUGGCCCCAACGGAGAGUUUGCCUACCUGUACAGCCAGUGCUACGAGCUCACCACCAACGAAUACAUCUACCGGCUUUGCCCCUUCAAGCUCGUCUCUCAGAAGCCCAAACUUGGCGGCUCCCCCACCAGCCUCGGCACCUGGGGCUCAUGGGCUGGCCCCGAGCAUGACAAGUUCAGCGCCAUGAAGUACGAGCAGGGCACGGGCUGCUGGCAGGGCCCCAACCGCUCCACCACCGUGCGCCUGCUGUGUGGAAAGGAGACAGUGGUGACCAGCACCACAGAGCCCAGUCGCUGCGAGUACCUCAUGGAGCUGAUGACGCCAGCCGCCUGCCCAGAGCCACCACCUGAACUGCCCACUGAUGGUGACCACGAUGAGCUCUAGCCCUCCUGGGUGCGGAGGUGCCCACCUCAACUUUGGGGAACCUCAAGGCUCAGAAACAUCCCCAACGGUGCCACCUGCCCACCCAGCGCUCCGCCAGGGGACCGAGGCCUGCCCCUCCAGGCUCCUCACCCUGGCAUUGGGGGCGGGGGUGGGGGCGGUAUCCGUGUGGAGCUUUGCCCUGCUCUCAGGGGGGCUGGGCAGGGCACAGCCGCCUUCCCAGGCCCCGGUGGUCUCCAAAGGUGGAAUAAAGGAGUUCCGCACCCCCUGGGCGCCCGCCCCCGCCCAGGGUGUUUGCCUCCCUCCCUGGUGGGGAUGAGUGACUUGACCUGUGACCUCAAAACAAUAAACACGAUUCCCUCUCCCCAA